AGCUACCCUUUGAAGAGUCUCAAACUAAAUUAAAACCUAUCAAAAUGCGUUUCAAACACCGCUUAAUGUCUUUUCUAUAUUUAAUAUAUAAUGUGGGUGCAAAUCUUGAGGGACCUUUUUUGUUUUUUGGCCCCAAAUCCCUGGAAAAAUACCGGAGACCGGCUCUGAAGUUUUUGGACCAGGAUGACUUGAUGAAGAUAUACAGUGAACAGGCAGCGAUUGUGGUUUUUAACAAUCAGGAUUCAGUGCCGCUGUCAGGAGCCUACUUCCCAAGGUUGAGCAAGAUGUUGGAGACACAGACGGUGUUGGUGCUCCCGCAGGAUUUCCUAGAUGUGCAUCCUGAUUACAUUAGCAACGAGACACAGAUGCUGACGCUGCAAGGUCCGUGGUCAGAGCGAGAUGCACAAAUGACGGGGACCUUCGCUCGUCUUCAGGAUAUAUACGGCGAUGGACGGGUUUUGGGUAUACUGGGUAAUUCCGUAUCACAGAGCCAAUCUGGCGAUUAUGAAGUUGAUUGGGCACGCGUGAAGCGGCAAGCUAAUAACGAUAGCACCACUUCCACCACUAGUACUAAUGCUCCAACCACCCAGGAAGAAGAAAAAUCAGGACGCGGUGGACAGAAACAAGCACUCUAUAAUGCUACAGGUCCUCCCGGGAAGGGUGCUCUCGUCCAAUCCUCGGGUCCACCUGAACUACGCUUCUCCAAUGGCACCGUAAUCGUCCUAGAUGCGCCGGUUGGAGAACCCACCGUCAAACCAACUCGGCUCUAUACCAUCUUGGUCGUGAGGUUUGCUCAUGGCGACAGUAGAGAUAAGAUAACAGUGGAGUUCAGCUUCAAGCAAGCGGCAGGCUGGUGGUCGGCGGUGGGCGCGGAGGUCAAGUUCGGGAACCUGGAGACGUCAGGGCUGAACUUGAAGGCACCAGCCCCACCUGACGCGCCUGCAGCGGUGCUGGGCCGCUCGUACCACUGUUCUCAACCGCUGGUGUACUCUGCGGAAGAUGCUACGUUAACUUUACCUGAUAUUCAAAUGCAAAUUUUUAUGGACAAUACAGAAGCGUUUGCUGACGCUUUCGACUGCAUUGGGUUCACAACUGUUCCCAUUUGGUCUGGUUUGAUGGUGACGUUCAUCCUGCUAAUCGGCCUGGGCAUAUCACUAUCGAUGAUCAUGGAUAUCAAGACAAUGGAUCGCUUUGAGAACAACCGCUCCAAGCAGCUUACUAUCACCGUCAGCGAAUAACUUCUCUGUAAAAAAUACUUUGACGUAUCUUCCACUUCUACUUGUACAACCAGUUUGUUUGCAUUCUGAUCCUUACAUGGUAUGGUAUCUAUUUGUGGAUCAUAAUAAGGGGUUGAAUGGUAAAAAUAAUUAUAUAAUCAAAAGCGAAGAUUGUAAUUCCUGGUGUUACCGAUUUUAUGUAGUAUCCUUAUUUUCGAUGUAAUUAAAGUUAUUAUUUAUUGUAA